AUGUUUCAAUAUGUGCCACCGAGCCGUAGGCUGUUCAAAUCUAGACAUAGAGUCUCUAGACGAGAGUUGCAAGGGCUUAUUGACUGGACUACGACGCUUGAUGAGUCGAUCGAGGAGGAUUCGUUGAUCUCGUAUGCGGUUCCAGUGGUUGGCGGUGAGUCUCGGUUCUCUGUGUUGUCAAGUGAGAGUGGUGAGAGCCUGUUUGAGCCCGAUUUGAGAACCCAGUUGCAAAGCAACAUGAGUUUGGAGUCCCUGAUCCAGGAGAACAAGAAGCGGAUCUCUGCGAACCAGGAAGAUCUAGAGCUCUUUAUAGCUGCUCGAAACCCAUCUUUGAGCAAUAGUGCUAGAGAUCAGGUGUCAAAGUUGCAAUGUGAGAAUGCACAACUAUUCAAUAGGGGGAAGAUAUUACAGGAGCGGUGGGCCCAGGUACGACGUUGUAACGAUAAUGGCAUCUUGUUGAUCGAGAUUGGGAAGAAUGGGCUACAGUGGUUUGGGAUCCCCGCUGAUCUGCGUCAGCAGAUUUAUCGGUGCUGUCUGUACCAAGUAGCAGAAGCCUGUGAGCCUAGAGAUGAGUUAUACAGGGCAAUUUUACAAUGCUGCGGCGAGAAACAACUUGCAGCGCAGAUCUACGGCAACAUGCGACGUAAUGCACCAUUUCUAAUGGAUGAGAAACUUCCCGUCGAGCAAUCGAAACUGGUCGAUUCACGAAUCGCCUCCCUUUACCCCGGGCUGCACUACCACCUGACCAUAACGUUACAAUGGGACUUGAUCCACGAUUUUGUGCGUCCCUUAUUGCUAAAUUCCCUGUGCGCUGGACUCAGAUCGCAGACCAUUAGUUGGGAAUUGCUCGAUGUAAUUGUAUUUUCAGCAUACUACCGCGAACUAUCACGGCUCAUCACCGAUGAGUUCUUACUCGGAACACUGGAGCAAACCUAUUAUAAAUUCUUCAGCGAUGAACCAGUCCAAGUACAACAACAAUUACAACACAUCAGGAUCGAUCUCGUAGAACUUCUAGAAUACUUGAGACGCAAAUAUGGUCAAUCACUGAUGGGCACCACGUGA